GACAGCGGGCUAUUCUGACACCAAUCAGUUAUCAAGGCACUUUACAUCAUGUUUUUGACAGGUUUUGUUCGGUUUAGUCAAUAUAAAAAUACUGGUACACCCAUGACCUCCAUUCUAUUGCCUUGUGCAGUUCAGUGUUGCAUUCCGUUUCGCAAAGAGUUAAGACUGAUGACAAAAGUGAGUAAAACUGGCACGAGAACUGCACGCACAAUUCAAAUUUAAAGUGGUGGUACAGGCAUACUGCAAUAAGGGUACCACACGCGUUCAUGCUCCUUUGCUCAGCAUAUUAUAAUUGGAUCUCUGCAAAAGACUACACAACAUGAAUGACGAAUCCUCGGCAACAAAAUGUGCAUGGAUCAGCAUCUAACUUGAUAGAGCCUGGAUUUAAAUUUCAACGCUGGUGCUUCUUGUGCAUGCCUUUAAGGUUCGCUGACAAUGUAAACCAGUUCUAGGUACUGUCAGAGUUUUGAGCGUCUAUAGGUCAACCGUGCACUGAGAGCGUUGACUUGAUACCAAAGCUGUACUUUCGUCUUUCACGCGCAGUGUCAUGUGCAGAGGUUCACAGGUUCAGAGUGGGCGGGUCUUCCAGUGGUAUCAUCAUGGUACGCUGUUCCACUUCUAGCAUCUCGCAUUACAUUCUAGUUGGAGAUACUCUGCAUCUUUUUAAGCUUCCAACAACGAGACGACGAAGAGCAUGGCUUUAUCAACUCGGACAGUAAGUUGCCUUCAGUUGUUGCUCUUGCUUCCUGUGAUAACCUGGAUGCAGAGCCAUGGCGUGGGGGCGAUUCGAGCCGUCACGCGCCCCAUCAACACGACAGGCGUGGUGGGACAGGAUGCAGAGUUCUCCUGUUCCGUGGCGGACAAAUCAGCGAAUGAAGUCUUGACGUGGAGACUACAGUGGGACGACACGGCCUCCCCGCAGUCGGUGCACCUCUCGGCAGAACACAAUGCUACGAUGCUCGAAUUUGACGAGUCGGCGAAACAUGCAACUUACACAACAAGGUAUAGUGUGAAUGGACCAAUCCACACUACCGUACUACACAUCGCAAACAUCCAGCCAUCGGAUGCGGGCAGUGUUGCCUGCAUGUAUCAGAUCACCGUAAGCGGGUCAGUCAUAUAUUAUACGAUCCCGGAGUACACGCCCGUACGGCUCACCGUAUGGAUACCGCCCACACCAACGUGUUCCUUCACGAACCUGGAUCCCAAUGCGACUGCGUACGGAAGCCCUACAAUCGGUGCGACUGUGGAGCUGACAUGCGCGGAUACGGUUGGCGUGCCGACACCGGAGUUAACCUGGCGCGCAGACGAGCGGAACCCCAAUACGGUAAAUCGCAGUGUUUACUACCAUGAGCUUCAAGCUGAAGACAACGGGAGAUGGUUUGAGUGUCAGGCUAUCAGCCCAGCAAGUCAAACCCCUGUUAUCUGUAGUGUACGACCCAUGGCCGUUCCCCCAACUGCAAAAGUGACGCCAGACGUGCUCAACAUCAUCGAAGGAGGGAACAUUGAGUUCACCUGCACAGGUAGCGGCCUCCCUGAGAUAUCAUCAUACCAAUGGUUUUUAGAUGGAUCUCCUACCCACGCAGUUAACUCACAAAUCUACCCUUCCAUUAAAGUCACAAAUACCGCCACGGGAUCAGUUUUGACAUUGGAGAAAAUUUCGAAACUAGGACAGACUGUUGUGUCAUGUGAGGUAAUGCUCUCCGCUGGCCUCACGGGGCGAGCGAGUGGGCUUGUGGUCAUCUCCAAACAGCAGGUAACCGUGACACCGGCUGCUAGGCAACAAGCUCAUUCCGAACAGCAGCUUGGAACGGCGCCCUCUGUGUUCGCAAUACCCCUGGCGUUUCUGUUCUUACUGCUCAUUCUCAUGGUUGCUUUACUCGUUUGGCAUCGUCAGUUAAGACACGACAGUGAUACCCAGAAACUGUCUUCAGAUACAACAGUAAACGGAGUGGCGCCCAAGCAAGCUAAGCGGUCCUGGAAGGUCUACAGGGUUACAACGGUGUGACAUUCCUGCUUGUACUUGGAGGAAAAAAAACCCGUCAUCCAACAAUGAAAUAAUAGAGCGAAUAAGCAUGAAGAGAAGUUGUGUAAAAAUGACUACGAAUAAAGAGUCAUGCAUUUUCUUGAUGUGUGGGCUAACAAAGACCAAACUGAUGUAUAUUUACAACACGUAAAUCUUUAAAUAAAAACAUUCGCACCAUAUUUUGGAAUAAAUAAGUAUAUUUAUACAAGCUACAUCUACA